ACACACACACACACAGACACAUAGAGCUAGACAUGCUGUAUACUACAGGAUUAGGCAGCACAGAAAGAUUACAGCGUCACAUGGUGGCCCCUCCAAAUGGUGCCUUCCAAUAACCUACUUCCCCCCCUCUGAGCUACUCCCAUCAUCCAUUUGGAGAAGGCGUAGGCAGCAUCACAAAGGUUCAGCUCCUCCCUGCUGUAUGCUGGAAACAGAUAGGGAGAGACUGAGAGGAUCAGGGUCAGAUGAAUUCCAGCCUGAGUGACGGAGGCAGUGUGUGCAAAUGAGGAGGUGAGCGCGUGUUCGUGUGUGAGACUGAGAGAGACUGAGAGAGGCACACAGGAGGAAGGAAGGGGACAUAAAGGGAGGAAGUAAAAAAAAAAAAAAAAAGGAGGGGGACUAGAGGAAACAGACAAGACAAGAGGACUCACUCUAAAAGGGAAGAUGGCUGAGCCGGAGCUGAAAUCGAGAGGGAGCCGGGAAAGCGUUGCCAAGGCGGCGAGCCUGGAGAAGAUGGGGGCUGAAGCAGACCCAGGCCAAGAUGGCCUCAUAGUGGAGCAACCGGAGUCUCCAUCCACCCCCAUGGUCUCUGCUCCCACCGCCACCAGCCCCACGGGCAGCCCGCCCGCAAAAGGGCAGAAGAUCGAGCUCAAACGCAGCAUCACCCUCUUCAACGGUGUGGGCAUGAUCAUCGGCACCAUCAUCGGCUCGGGCAUUUUCGUCACCCCGACAGGCGUGGUGAAGGAGACCGGCUCGGCCGGGCUCUCCCUGGUCGUGUGGUCCGUCUGCGGGGUGAUAUCCACCAUGGGCGCCCUGUGUUACGCCGAGCUGGGCACGACCAUCACUAAGUCUGGGGGGGACUACACUUACAUCCUGGAGGUGUACGGUGAGCUGGCGGCCUUUCUGAAGCUGUGGGUGGAGAUGCUCAUCAUACGGCCGUCGUCGCAGUACGUGGUGUCGCUGGUGUUUGCCACCUACCUGCUCAAGCCUCUCUACCCCAACUGUGCUGUGCCCGACGGUGCCGCCAAGCUCAUUGCCUGCCUGUGUCUUACCUCUCUGACAUUUGUAAACUGCAUCAGUGUGAGGGCGGCCACCAAGGUCCAGGACUUGUUCACGGCUUCCAAAUUGCUAGCCCUCAUCAUCAUCAUCCUCUUCGGGUUCAUUCAGAUUUCCACAGGUGAUGUGCCGUAUCUGACACUGGAGAAAUCGUUUGAAGGCAGCAAAUUCGGAGUUGGCAAUAUCGUCCUGGCUCUGUACAGCGGCCUUUUCGCCUUUGGAGGCUGGAAUUACCUCAAUUACGUUACGGAGGAGAUGAUCAAUCCAGAGAGGAACCUGCCCUUGUCCAUCAUCAUAUCCAUGCCUAUAGUGACGGUGGUGUACGUUCUGACCAACCUGGCCUACUUCACCACCAUCUCCCCUGAAGUCAUGGUCGAGUCCGAGGCCGUGGCUGUGAGUUUUGGGGAGUACCAUCUGGGUGUGAUGUCCUGGCUGAUCCCCGUCUUUGUGGGGCUGUCCUGCUUCGGAGCCGUCAACGGAUCUCUGUUUACCUCGGCGCGCUUGUUCUAUGCUGGAGCUCGAGAGGGUCAGCUCCCUGCUGCUCUGGGACUGGUCCACACAGACCUGUUCACACCAGUGCCGUCCCUCAUCUUCACAUGUUGUCUGUCCAUGUUGUACGCCAUCUCCCAGGACAUCUUCUCCGUCAUCAACCUCUUCAGCUUCUUCACCUGGCUGUGCGUCGGCAUGGCCAUCGCCGGCAUGCUCUGGUUGCGCUUCUCCAAACCUGACCUCAAAAGGCCCAUCAAGGUGUACCUGUUCAUCCCAGUGACUUUUGUGUUGGGCUGCAUCUUCAUGAUCUGCGUGUCCUUCUGGGCAGCUCCUUUCGAGUGCCUGGUCGGCAGCAGCAUUAUUCUCACAGGCAUCCCGGCCUACCUACUGGGCUACAAGUGGAAGAAACCCCAUGUGGUGAAGAAGAUGCUGGAAAUCUUCACGAUGUUCUGUCAGAAGAUCUUCAUGUCUGUUCCUGAGGAGAGGGAGCAACAUGAGGCGGCUGAGUAACGAUGGCAAAAAAAAAAAAAUGAACAGGAUGAGAGACUGAGUCAAUCGUUUUCUCCGAACAUUCUCGUAAUGUUUACAUUCAUUCCCUUGUAGUUUGGCUUUUUUUUAAAUAUAUAUAUAUAUAUAUACAGUAUGUAUAUAUAUAUAUAUAUACAGUAUGUAUAUAUAUAUUUUUUUUACACUAUUAUUCAUCCAGUAGCCGUGGAACUAUUUCAUGUUUACUCACAUGAGUGGCCUGGCAAGAUUGAUAAAGGAGGUUUUAUGUGAAGUCUUAACAAAUGUUAGUGAUCGCCACAAUUUAUUUAAAAUAUCAAAAGGUCCCAAGAUCUUGACCUGGAUUUGGCAUUUAGACAUUUUCUACUGCUUUUUAUUCUAAAUGGAUUUUACUAUUACGUCUCCGUUAGAGGUGGAACAAGCUUAAACUUUGCAUUUUUUUAUUUUUUUUGUUAAGCGAGAGUCAUGCUUUAUUCUGUGGCUAACUGUUGUGAGCACAUAAUUAAGCCUAUACUGCAAACACAAAAUCAGAAGCUGCACGCCGUGUGUACUCUAGUGGCCUAAAGCGUACUGUUUUACUGUUCACCUGAAGUGUACAAAUGAGUAGAUUUAUUGACAUUUAACCGGACUAACAACCAAAACUACCCAUAGUUUAUUCUAGUUUACAGUUUUCUAGAAGGUCAGGUGUGGAAGAGGAAAGCGUUAAAAAAACCCACAAUAGCACUGACUGCGUUAACUCAUAUUGCUACUAAUACUUGUGUAAAUUACAAUUAAUUUUCAUAUUUUUUGUAUUGAUUUGUAACAAAAAAAAAAAAAUCUGCAGCACUAUCUUAAAGCACAAAUCAGUGUUUGUAAUGUUUUCUUAUGAUGUGAAGCAGGUAUCCUUUCAUUCCGAUGUUAAACCACAUCAGCUCCUUCUGUUCUCGAUGAACUGAUGAUAAUGAUGGAUGCCAGCGCCUCUGCUCGUGAAGCGUUAUUAUGAGAAGCUGUAUAGAUGUCAUUGUAGUGCUUGUAUUAGGAGUAAGUGUCUGUAUUGGAUAUGUUUGUUUGCUGUCUGUGCCCGCCUGGAUCAGUGCUGAUAUUUCUUUUUCUUUCUUUCAUUUUUUUUUUUUUGUCAUCACUACAAGACCAAAACGAAUGUUGCAACUUUUUAGAAACACACUUGCUUUUUUUCUAUUCUUUCUCUUUUUUUUUUUUUUUUUUUUUUUAUAGGAAAUGUAUAAAAAUAUGACUUUUAAACUGGGUAUCUGAGGAUUUUUCCAAAGUUACUGCAAGCAUUUUCACACUCCGUUAAAGACCACAAAAAAAAGCAUUCUCUGAGGUUUCUGUAUUUUGCAGAGAAUGCAAAGACAGCCCCUUUAAACAUCAGCCGCCAGACCAGGGUAUCGUCAAAUCCACUGGAAAUGCAUACACUAAAAUGAUAAUACAUAUUUGGCGAAGGGUUAAAAUAAUAAAA